CCACGAAAGAUAAAGAUAGCCUGGUGCUGGUGGAGAAGGGGAGGACAACGUACAUCCUGAUGGAGAGGAAGCUGGACUUCACCGGCUGGACUGCGGCCAUACAGAAGGCGAGCAGCACGUCCGGUGCCACACUAUCUGAGCAGCAGCUGACGGAUUCCGAUGUCCCCUUCAUCGUGGAGAAAUGUAUCGACCACAUCUCAAGUUUUGGGGUGGGAUCUGAAGGGAUCUACAGGAAGAGUGGACAGAACUCCAAGAUCACCAGUCUAUUGGAAUCCUUGAAGAGGGACGCCCGCAGUGUGGUCCUGACGGAGGAAGAACAUGUGGACAAUGUAUCGGACGCCCUCAAGAGGUUCUUCAGGGGCAUCGGGGAGGGAGUGUUCGCAGAGCACUGUAUGCAGUGGCUACAUGUCACAGGUAAUGAAGAUGAAAACGAGAGAAUCCGUCAGUACCAGGAGCUAUUGAACGAUCUGCCCCCUGUCAACAGAGCCACGCUGAAAGCACUAAUGCGCCACCUGUACUGCAUCCAGCACUUUUCUGACAUCAAUCAAAUGAACAUCCACAACUUGGCCAUCGUAUUCGGCCCCACGCUCUUCCAGACCGACGGGCAGAACUACAAGCCGGGCCGAGUGGUGGAGGACCUGAUCUCCUUCUACCUGCCCAUCUUCAAAGUGGAUAUUCAGGAGAUCCAGAAGCAGCUGAACAUCACGUCCACCAUCAUGAAAAUGCGCAAUGAGAACCAGACGAAGCGUAGGGGAUGUGAUUUCAUCUGCACUGUCUAUCUGAAUGAGAAGAAGGAGGAGUGUGAGCAGAGCGUCCAUAUUGCAGUCACCAUGACGGCUCAGGAGCUGACAGAGACGCUGUUGGAGAGGCGGAAUAUCCGUGUGAAGGACGGGGAGUACUGGAUCUGCUCGGAGGUGGACGACUCCGGAGAAUUAGAGCGCCCCCUGCAUUACUCCGAGAAAGUGCUGCCCAUCUUCCACUCUCAGGUCAACAACAGCAGCCACUUGAUUGUGAAGAAAGACCUCAACAUGGACGCCAUGCUGUACUAUAUCAAGAAUCGGGGCAGAGACACCAAGACGGGCAAUAUGAAGUAUCGCGAGGAGCGGAUAUUACUGGGGUUCAGUGCUGGUUUUCAUGAGCGAUACUUCAUGCUGAACAGUAACAUGCUGCGGAUGUACCGGGAGAGUCACCGGCCGGAGAAGGAGUGGCCCCUUAAGAACCUGACCGUUCACCUGGGCAUCAAGAAGAAAUUCCGACCACCAACGAGUUGGGGCUUUACAGUAACGUGUAAGAACGAGAGGAACGAGAAGAGUCAAUGGUAUCUGUGCUGUACCUCGGUUGGAGAGAUGAGAGAAUGGUUUGCAGCCUUCAUGUUUGCUCAGUAUGGCAGCCUGUGGCCGGAGCAGACCACAUCGACGAGGACGCGGAGCGCACAGCUGGACGCCACCUUUGGGAACCUUCCGCUUAUUCCAAUACGAGGAAGUGAGACGGAUAUAAGGAGGAGUAUGACGGCUUUCACCACAGACCCGCUCACGCUCCUCGGAAACGUAUGAGGUCGGGAUCCCUGCAUCUUCCAGGUCGCCUCUGACCUCUCUAUCUGGACCGACUCCUUGGCCUUGGCACUCGUAGAGCGUGGCGCCGAGGGAGAUGAUGGCGAGGAGUCUGCGCCUAAAUAACCUGGACCAUAUGGAUGAUUGGUGUAUAGUAGAUUGUGCCUUGUAGAAAGCUUUUUGUACAUACCACCCCCUCCCCCUCCCCCCCAACCUCUCCAUGGACCGUGGUGGCCUCCACCAUCCCUCUAAUCCAAGACUUGAAGGAGAAGGCUCCGCCCCCUGUGGCCUUAUAGACUUUGUAUAUGGAUUUACCUUCUCUGCCGGAGACUUUGAUGCACUAACACUGAAGGAGACGUCUGCCGGGGAUCGAUUCGGGGGUCUCGUGACCUGUAGUAGUUUAGGAUCAGUGGGGGGUGGGAGGGGAAGGGGGAUAUGUUGGGUUUUAACUGUGAACAUUUCCAUGAUGUCCAUCAAUGGGGACAAUGGCUGCACCUGAUAAGUGACAUAGGACGACUAGAACAUUAACCGGUCACUGUAUGGCGCCACCAAGUUCUCCCAGGGUGAUGGAGACAUCUGAGCGGCCAUGAUAUGGACCUUAUUGCUUCCUAGUGCCCCAGAGUAUCCUUUUCUCCAACACCGACUGUUGGUACCCAGAAAGGACCACACAAAGAUGGCGGCUGGUGUCAACACUCCAACACCGACUGUUGGUGCCCAGACAGGACCACACAAAGAUGGCGGCUGGUGUCAACCUCCCCUAAAAGCUGUCACCAAGACAGAGUCCUUCAUCUCUGGCUGAUCCGCCAUAGGGAUGACCCCCUCCCCCCCCACCCAUCACCUCAAUCGGCAAGGAAAUCUGCCCCAAAAACUCAUCUCAGUUUUGGGUGUUAUAUAGAUGGGGGGGGGCGCCCAAUGUUCUCAUCACCGCCCACUGCGUCACGUUGUAUCCCCCUGUAGAGGACGCCAUCGGCAAGUCAUUGUAAUUCUCAACCAUCAAUAAAGACGACGCGUUUCACUGUGUGUCUGAUGAUGCUGCUGAUCUGCAAAGCAUGCUGGGAAACAUCAUUUACUAAUAGCGUCACCCCAACCCAAAGGAAAAGGGGGCAGUACAAGACCACGGUAUAUAGGGACCACCUGCUCCUGGGUAUAAUGGAGGCCAUUGUGUGUGAGCAGC